GUGCUACAGGCCAGGAUCGUAUCCUAAAGGACAGACAAGGGUUCUCUGUGUUACGCAUCGAAGGUCCUCACUUCGUAGAGCGCGGUCACGCCUACAGCCUCACGUGUGUCUACGACAUGGGCAGGUGUCAUCUCUUCAACGUCGAGUGGCUCUUCAAUGAUGAAAACUUUUUUAGCUUCAGUCCUGUGCAUGGAGGCCACAGCAAAGACAAGGCCCCUAUCAUCGUCGAUCUGGACCAGUCGAACAGCACUACGGUGGUGAUCCCGACGGCCCGGUUCCGUGACAGCGGCACGUACAAAUGCACGGUGACCACGCAGGAGGAAGAGUACUACAUUGAUAACAAGACUUUUGACCUCACCGUCGGGGUGCUGCCCACCGCGGGCCCCACCAUCAAGGAGACCGCCGCGGACCCCGACGGUGGGACGACCCCCCCGCCCCCCCAGGUGGGCUCUGAGGUGUCCCUAGAGUGCACCUCACAGCCCUCCUACCCCGCCACCAACCUCACCUGGGUCAUGAACCGCAAGGUGGGUCACGAACCGCAAGGUGGGUCACGAACCGCAAGGUGGGUCACGAACCGCAAGGUGGGUCACGAACCGCAAGGUGGGUCAGGAACAGCAAGGUGGGUGGAACCGCAAGGAUGA